CGCCCGCACACGGGCCUCGCCGUCGCUGGCUCCGCUUCCCGCCGGCCCGCACCAUGAAGUGGAUGUUCAAGGAGGACCACGCGCUGGAGCACAGAUGUGUCGAGUCGGCAAAAAUCCGAGCCAAAUACCCUGACCGUGUCCCGGUCAUAGUGGAGAAGGUCUCAGGAUCUCAGAUUGUUGAUAUUGACAAGAGGAAGUACUUAGUUCCAUCUGACAUCACCGUGGCCCAGUUCAUGUGGAUCAUCAGGAAGAGGAUUCAACUGCCAUCUGAGAAAGCAAUAUUUCUCUUUGUAGACAAGACUGUCCCACAAUCCAGCUUAACUAUGGGUCAACUUUAUGAGAAGGAAAAGGAUGAGGAUGGAUUCUUGUAUGUUGCCUACAGUGGAGAGAACACAUUUGGUUUCUGAAUGGUGGGUCUUGGCUACUAUACCAUCCUGCUGUGUAUCUUGUAAAUAGCUGAUCAUUUUCUGUUCUGACAUCCACAGAAGUUCCUUCUAUAUACAUGCAUUUGUAACUGGAUUUAUUUCUUAAUAUAUUGAUAGGUCUUGUUUUAUUAGACUGUUAAAUUAUCAAAAAAAGUUUUGGUUUUGUGCAUUUUUUUUUCUCAUGGCUAUGAAUUCCCAGAGCCUCACUCCUUUGGGGGAUACAUUUGAUGACAUUGAUUAAAUAAUAAAGCAAAGUAGUUGGGCUACUAAAACAUGAAAAGAAGAAUAUACAUUUACUCUGUUUUGAGGUGUUAGUGUAAGAAAAAUAAAAACAUUAAAGUAGUAUUGGGAACACUGGAUUUGCUAGCUUAUCCUAAGCAGGAGCAAGAUGCUGAUCAUGUUAAAUUGAGCUAAUAUGUUCCUCUUUCUCAAUUAACAAACAAGUACAAUAAAAGUUCCUGUCACAAA